AUGGUGUGCCUCCUCAAGUACACUGGCGCGGCCCUUGCCCUCGCCUCGACGGCGAUUGCCUCUCCCACCACGUCCGCCCACGUCGAAGCGCGCAAGGCGCCCCUCAUCCCCAACGGCAAAAAGGCCGGCUCCGCGGGCGGCCGCGCCGUGCACCUCUGGAAGGACCACAUUGGCUGGUGGUACGACUGGACGCCCAAACCCUCGGGCCACGACGAGGUGCCCGGCGUGUCCAUGCUCUGGGGCGACGGCCACCAGGGCCAGUUCGACGCCGACCGCCUCCACGCCUUCCAGAACCUGCACUCGACGCCGCAGUACCUCCUCGGCCCCAACGAGCCCGACUGCCACGGCACCUACUCGGCGGACCUGCGCGUCGCCCAGGGCGUCUCCCUCUGGAACCAGUACAUUGCGCCCAAGGGCCGCGCCGGCAGCCUCCUCGGCAGCCCGUCCAUGUGCAAGCAAAAGGACGAGGGCUGGCUCGCCAAGUUUCGCACGCAAAAGCUCGAUGCCGACUGGGACUUUACCGCCAUCCACGUGUACAAGGACAGCAUGCAGGGCGUGCAGGAGGACAUUGACCACUACUGGAACAAGUACGGCAAGCCCAUCUGGGUGACCGAGUUUGCGUGCGUCAGCGACCAGCCCGAGUGGAAGCCGUGCCAGGACCAGGGCCAGAUCAACCGCUUCAUCAACGACGUCGUGGACCUGUUUGAGAAGAACGAGCACGUCAUGGCGUAUGCAUACACGGACGGCGGCGGCCUGUCGCCCAACUGGACGCCGACCAACAAUGACGGGUCCAAGCUGUCCGAGUCCGGCCGCACAUACCUCAACGCCAUCAAAAAGUACCACUAA